AUGUCCCUCUUCGCACAGCUCUCCCGUGCCUCGCGCCAACCGCUGCGCAUCGCACGCAUCCCCAGGCGCAGCAUUGGCUCCGUCAGCGCCAUCGACUCCAGCAUCUUCCGCACGCUCUUCGGCACAGACCAAAUCCGCAAAGUCUUCGACGAUGAAGCCUACAUAACGCGGUGCAUCGAAGCCGAAGCCGCACUCGCCCGCGCCCAAUCCAAAUGCGCCGUAAUCCCCUCGCACAUCGGAUCCCUCGUCACAAGCAAAGUACUCGACUCUUCGUCUCUGGAUAUGGAGCGCCUCCGCCGCGAAACCGAGAUAGUCGGGUAUCCGAUCCUGCCGCUCGUGCGCCAACUCUCCGCCAUGUGCGGCGCCGACGCAGGGAAGUACGUGCACUGGGGCGCGACCACACAGGAUAUCAUGGACCUGGCCAGUGUACUGCAGAUGAAAGCCGGGCUGGAGAUUGUGGAGGGGCUGGUGAGUGAUAUCAUCAGUAUACUGCGCGGACUGUCUGUGCGGUAUCGCGAUACGCCGAUGGCCGGGCGGACUCAUCUCCAGCAUGCGCUUCCUGUGACGUUUGGGUAUAAGUGUGCGGUGUGGCUAUCCGGGUUCCAGAGACACCAGGCCCGGCUGGCGCAGUUGAAGGAGCGGGCGCUGCUGGUGCAGUUUGGAGGCGCGGCGGGGUCUCUUGCGUCGCUGGGUGAUGGGGAUGGUGGGAUCCGAGUGCGCAGGGCGUUGGCGGAGGAAUUGGGUCUGGGUGACCCGCCUAUUACGUGGCAUGUAGCGAGGGACGGGGUCGCGGAGGUGACGAACUAUCUUGCGCUGUUGGGUGGGUCAAUGGGCAAGCUUGCGCUUGAUGUGAUUAUCAUGUCGUCGAAUGAGCUGGGGGAGGUGUCUGAGCCGUUUGUGCCGCAUCGGGGCGCGUCGAGUACGAUGCCGCAGAAGCGGAAUCCGAUCUCGUCGGAGGUGAUCCUGGCUGCGUCCAAGGUGUUGCGCUCGAAUGCGGGCCUGGUGCUUGAUGGCAUGGUUGCGGACUUCGAGAGGGCCAGUGGGCCGUGGCAUCUGGAGUGGGUUGCGGUGCCAGAGAGCUUUGUGCUUGCUGUUGGGGCGCUGGAGCAGACCAAGUUUGCUCUUGGAGGGUUGUGUGUGCAUUCGGAGGCUAUGUUGAAGAACCUACAUUCUACAAGGGGGUUGAUUGUGGCGGAGGCGGUUAUGAUGGGCCUUGCGCCGUUUGUGGGCAGGCAGAGGGCGCAUGAUAUUGUGUAUGAGGCUUGUCGGGAGAGUAUUGAGAAUGGAGUGAGCUUGGAGGAGGAACUGCUGAAGAAGACAGAGGUGACCGAGAAGAUGAGCGCGGAGAGGGUCAGAGAGCUGUGUGAUCCUGUCAACUAUCUGGGGGCAUCGGGGAGAAUGGUGGACGAUGUUCUGGCUGUUGAUUAA